CGCAUCACAGAGAACGAGGGAAGCACAGGUGUGGCGAGCCAGCGUCAACACAGCUUUGGGACACUUGUCGCAGUUCUCACCGCAUCACCACUGUAGGUAGUGUGCGUCAGGUUAAAAUGAAGCUUCUCUCCUUGGUGGUAUUGCUGCUGGUGAUGGGGUACGCGAGGUGCGAGUGUAAGCCAGGGUCGGGAGGCAGCGAGGGGCGGUACCGGAGCGUCUCUGGCUGCCCCAUCACCCGCAUGUUCCAGCCCGUGUGUGGCACAGACGGCUGCGACUACAUCAACGAGUCCGCCCUCAACUGUGCCUACAGGGACGACCUCAACAGCGGCCUCUCAGAAGAAGAAGCGGUGAAAAUGGCGUAUAUGGGUCACUGCAACCAACGCGACGAAGCGAACAACAUUAUGCCCUAAGGCAACGGAACACACGGUCGAUGAUAACGAAACGACGAGGCUAGAGCUACAACGGCAACUAAGUUUGACGACAACAGUAGACGAGACCAAAAGACAGCUCAAGACGGUGGCAGGAGUCGGCAGUAAUGAACGACGUCAACAGGAGACAACGGUUAACGGAAACGUCAGAAAAGCUUAAUUUAGAAAGACGUCUGUUUGACAUCGUGGACAAUAAGACCAAUAGGACUUACACAUUUUGAUAUAAAAAAUAUUAUAUAAAGAAGUAAACGAUAGCGGGAUGAUAGCAAGAAAAAUAAACAUCAGCAAAAAAAGCUUAAUUACAAAAAUAAAGUGUUUAAAGCUGCAAUUACACGUCGUGAACAGAAAACGCUUAAGGACAUCAUGCUUAAAAACAGAAAACGGAUACAAAAUUAACGGUGAACUCUUUUUAACAAAUUAUGAGAGGCCUUGUUGGUCGCAUACCAGCGCUGUUGAUGGCCCGGACAUCCCUUCAUAUCUGUUUUGAUAACAGAACUAACAUAAAUUUGAAUUAUUGGCUGAAUUAUACAGUGUCAGCUAGUGAUAUGAUAUAUCGUGUUGGGGUCUCUAAAUAUACAGCAUAGUUAAUUUUCA